UAUGAAGGAAAUCGUGAAGAAACUUGUCUCGCAAAAACGACUGGAGUUUAUUAACGGUGGAUGGUGUAUGAAUGACGAAGCAUCAACACACUACAAUGCAAUCAUUGAUCAAAUGACUKUAGGAUUAAAGUUUAUWAAAGAUACAUUUGGAGAUGAUGCGCGGCCAMGAAUCGCCUGGCAUAUUGACCCGUUCGGACACUCGAACGAACAAGCUUCGUUGUUUGCGCAAAUGUCAUUUGAUGGUUUCUUCUUUGGACGCAUCGACUACGCUGACAAAAAAGCAAGGCUCCAGGAUCAGCGCAUGGAAAUGAUUUGGCGUGGAAGUAAGAGYGGAAAUCUCGGUAAAAGUUCAGAUAUUUUCUCUGGUGUGCUGUACAAUGGGUAUGGCCCUCCUCCCGGGUUUUGCUUUGACCAGUCUUGCAAAGAUCAGCCAAUGAUGKCUGACCCUAAUCUASAGGAUAUGAAUGYAGAAGAGAAAGCAGCAAAAUUUAUUGAGUAUGYMUGURAUCAGGCAAAACAUUACMAGAGYAACAACAUCAUACUCACAAUGGGAGAAGAUUUCAACUAUGAGAAUGCUMACUUGUGGUUUAAGAAUCUUGAUAUUUUGAUGAAAUAUGUCAAUCAGGAUAGCAGAGUUCAUGCCUUUUACUCAACACCAACAACCUACCUAGAUAUGGUCCAUGAUAGCAAUUUGACGUGGGGAUUAAAAACUGACGAUUUCUUUCCAUAUGCUGACUGUCCUCAUUGUUACUGGACUGGCUACUUCACUAGCAGGCCAGCACUCAAGAGAUAUGUGCGAUACAAUAAUAAUUUGCUACAGGCCUGCAAACAAUUAGAGGUUUUCAAUGGACCUUCACAAUCCGGCUCUCCGUCAUCUGAAUUGCUACGGAGGGCCAUGGCAGUUGCACAGCAUCAUGACGCUGUCAGUGGCACAUCUAAACAACAUGUUGCUAACGACUAUGCUAAGAGACUUUCCAUUGGAGCCGCCAGCUGCAAGGGCUUAAUAAGCAAUGUCCUUGGAAAAUACUCUACUUUUAACAAGCAAGRCGAUGUUCCCGUGUUUACAUUCUGUGACCUUCUUAACGUCAGCUCGUGUGCUUUGACUGAGUCAAGCAAAAACUUUGUGGUGAACAUGUACAACCCACUUGCUCGUGACGUUGCUACAUACGUUCGUCUUCCGGUUGUGUCGAGUUCAAUGGCGGUAUUCGACCCUCAAGGCGAACCAGUUGAGAGCCAAAUUCUAYCAAUCUCAAAAGAGACCAAAGAGGUGCGCGAUCUUCAGAAUUUGACGAAAAGUACUUCGAGUUACGAGCUUGUCUUCCAGGUCAAGCUACCUGCUCUCGGCUAUGCAUCGUACUUUGUAAGUGUUGGCAGUACAAGGCAGACAUUAAUGUCAKUCAACCCUGUGGCACGCUCUGUGGACGAGACCUUGUCCAUUGAAAACGAGUUUGUAAAACUYGAGUUUUCCAAGGAAAGUGGGCUGCUAACGAGUAUDACAGACUUGCAGUCCAAGCUCAAGACUGUUGUUAGUCAACAAUUCUUGUGGUAUAACGCAAGUGUGGGCAACAAAGAAAGCGAUCAACCUUCAGGAGCUUACAUCUUUAGACCAAACUCAUCUAACACUUUCCCUGUAUCUAAAGGCGGAAAAGCUACCAUAGAUGUUAUGAAAGGCUCUUUGGUUCAAGAAGUGAGGCAAGUGUUCUCGCCUUUYAUCAGUCAAGUCGUACGUCUGUAURCAGGUGAACGACAHGCAGAGUUUGAAUACACUGUCGGCCCCAUUCCAAUGGCAGACAWGUUGGGMAAAGAAAUUAUAUCAAUCUUUAAUACUGACAUUAAAUCCAGUGGAGUAUUCUAUACAGAUGCUAACGGUAGAGAGAUGCAAGAACGACGGAGGAAUUUCCGACCAACUUGGAAAUUAAACAUCACUGAACCUGUGGCUGGGAACUAUUAUCCURUCAAUAGUAGAAUAUAUAUUAAAGACUCUGAGAAGCAGUUUACUGUGUUAACCGAAAGAUCUCUUGGAGGAUCGAGCAUGAAAGACGGUUCUGUUGAAAUAAUGGUUCAUCGUCGACUAUUAGUUGACGAUAAACGAGGCGUUGRUGAACCGCUUGAUGAGGAAGGAGUUUGUGGAAAAGGUCUGAUAGUACGUGGGAAGCUCGCAGUUGUGUUAGCUCCCCCAGCUGAAUCGGCUGCUAUCCAUCGCGUCCUCGGAGAAAAAAUGCUUCUUGAGCCAAUCCUCAGCUUUACUGAAAACCCUUCUACCGUAAAGGMAUGGAUWAGUAAWCAYAACACUGUAUACAAAGGUCUYAAACGAGAUCUUCCACMAAAUAUUCACUUAUUGACGCUGGAGACAAUGGACCAACAUGCUCUUAUUCGCGUUGAACAUCAGUUUGAAGCCGGUGAAGAUGCCAAGCUAUCCCUUCCU